UUGAAGAUGUAGUGAUAUGUGGAGUAUUGUAAACAAACAUUCAUCAUGGCUUCCAGCAAAGGUUCCGGACCUCAAGUCAUUGAUCUCUCCAAACUUAAUUUGGAGCAAUUGACGACGUUAAAAAACCAGCUUGAUCAGGAGCUUCAAUUUUUUAAUGAAUCUCUACAACAGUUAAAAAUUGCCCAAUUGAAAUUCAAUGAAUCUGGUGAAUGUGUUGAAAAGGUAACACCAGAAACUAAAGGAAAGGAGAUGCUGGUACCUCUCACUAGCUGCAUGUAUGUUCCUGGCACAAUAGCUGAUGCUGAGAGUUUGCUCAUUGAUGUUGGUACAGGCUAUUACUUGGAACGUAAUGUAAAUGGUGCUAAGGACUACUUCAACCGAAAAAUUAAAUUUGUGACUGAACAAAUGGAGAAAAUCCAGAAAAUAGCAUCUGAGAAGAGCAAGUUAAGAGAAGUUGUGAUGGACAUGAUGGAGGUCAAACUUGAUCAUCAGUUAGCAGCUAUACAACAGCAACAAGCAGAAGCAGAGGCAGUAAAGGCUAAAGCAGCAGCAGCAGAUGGAAUGUGAUGAUAAAUAAUUGUUCAAAUCUUCUCUGUUUAAUGUGAAAUCUGCAGUAUUUUGUCCUUUUUUUUCGGUACACAUCUUAAAUAUUAAUACCUAGAAUAAAAUUUAUAAUGCUAUUGGCUAUGCUUUGGAAAUAUUUGGGAUGGUUUCCCUUUAAACACAUGAUUUUUGAAAACUUAGCAUUUAUUAUAAAGAACAUUGUAUAAUGUAAUUAAUCUCUUUGGAUUAGGUGUUUUUUUCUUAAAAAUCAUGCAAUUUAAAACCAUGCUCUGUGUACCAGAUUUUAUGAGCUUCACUAUUUAAAUAUUGUGCAAUGUUAUAAAUGCAGGUAAAAUUAGUUUUCCUGACACUAUAAUAGCAGUGAUUUUGUAUUAAAUUUUCAUUUUAUUCACAUGCUAUAUUCAUGCCUUUACUCAGUAAAAUACUUAACACUUCCUAUUUUUAAUUACCCAGGAAAUUUAGUGUAUACAUCAAAGAACUUUCUCCUACUAUAUAUGAUAAGCUAAUAUAUAUAUGUUAAAGUAACACAUACUGUAAGUAGCUUGACCAUAUUAUACUAUUAAAUGUCA